GGCUCCUCAGCCUGGGGAUAGGAGGAGAUGGAGCCCAGCAGCACGGAGUAGGCAGACAGCAGCUGCUUCCUGGAGACAGACAGCUUUGCAAGGGGAGCACAUGCCAGAAAUGAAAAGGACCCCAUUUACUCCUCAAGACAUCCCUGCACAGACGGACCCCAGCACCCUGUCCAUCCGUCCAUCGUACUGAUCGAUUUUCACCUGUGGAACCACGCUUUCAUUCAUGGGCCAUGAUGUACGGUUGUUCUGAGAUGUGCUGGGUUCAGUCUGCUACGAUUUGGUGAGGACUUGUGCACAAGCAUCCGAGAAAAGAGAAGUGACAAACCCAGACUGUAAGAACACCUCUACCCGAGCCGUCUCUCCUCCCGUGAAAGGAUGCAGUGUCCUUUGCUGCCCAACGGCUCCCUUUCACGCUCCGCAUCACGGAGAGGAGACGGCGACGCUGGGGGACUGCAGGGAGAGCGGGCCACAGCCUGGUGUCGGACAUCUCGGGCGGGAGCACGGGCUGCCAGGACAGGGCGGAGACAGACACCCAGACCUCACCUCCCAAGGAGGAGAUGAACAGCUGUGAAUCAGGCCUCCUCCAUCACAUGUCAACGCACACAGUGACAAGCCUGGGACAGAGUUAGGGCUGGGCAGGAAGGCACCCCAGGAGGCCGGGGUGGAGUGGACAGCUGCGGGAUGAGGAGGAGGCUCUGAAGACACCAUGAGGGGGGCUUCCUGCCUCAGGGUCUUGGUCCUACUGCUGCUGGGAGCUGCUGGGACAGCGACUCGGGAGUCUGCAGCCUGCGGGCAGCCCCAGGUGUCGAGUCGGAUCGUAGGAGGCCGGGACGCCCGGGUUGGACAGUGGCCGUGGCAGGCGAGCAUCCAGCACCGCGGGGAGCACGUGUGCGGGGGUUCGCUCAUCGCCCCGCAGUGGGUGCUGACCGCGGCGCACUGCUUCCCCAGGCCGACGCUGCCGUCCGAGUACCGCGUGCUUCUGGGGGCGCUGCGCCUGGUCCCCGCCUCGCCCCGCGCUCUCUCGGAGCCCGUGCGCAGGGUGCUCCUGCCCCCCGACUUCUCCGAGGACGGCGCCCGCGGCGACCUGGCGCUGCUGCAGCUGCGCCGCCCGGUGCCCCUGAGCGCCCGCGUCCAGCCCGUGUGCCUGCCCGAGCCCGGGGCCCGCCCGCCCACCGGCACACCAUGCUGGGUCACCGGCUGGGGCAGCCUGUACCCGGGAGUGCCACUUCCAGACUGGCGACCUCUGCAGGGAGUGAGGGUGCCACUGCUGGACAGGCGCACCUGUGACCAUCUGUACCACGUGGGCACCGACGUGCCAGGCACUGAGCGCAUCGUGCUGCCGGGAAGCCUGUGUGCGGGCUACGUCCAGGGCCGCAAAGAUGCCUGUCAGGGUGACUCUGGGGGACCCCUGACCUGCAUGAGAGCUGGGCGCUGGGUUCUGGUGGGCGUGGUGAGCUGGGGCAAGAGCUGUGCCCUGCCCAACCGUCCAGGCGUCUACACCAAUGUGGCCACUUACAGCCCCUGGAUUCAGGCUUGCCUUAGCCUCUAAUGCAGUCACACUGACCUGGAGCCAGAGGCUGGGGUCCCUCUGAGGACCUGCGCAGUACCCCCACCUUGUACCUCCGACUUGAGGCUCAUGGGUGGUAUCAUCCACCAGUCCAUCCCCGUCUCCUCUGUAGGGCCCACCAAGCGCUAGCCACCAGCCCUCCUCCAGGAGCCUCCCGUGGGGGGGGGGGGCGCUGUGUCACAAUCCCUCCCUUCCCCUCCCCUUCCCGCUCAUAUUUAUCCUUCUCAGCUCCCGCCCCUGGGUGCCCAGAGACAGGCAAGUCAGCUGGUGCACCGUCUGGCCUCUCGGCCGCAUUUAUCUGUUUGUCUGGAGGAAGUCGGGACAGUCAAAGUAUGAGAGGGAAUCAGGCCCAGGAGAUGCUUCUCCAUGGCUGCGGGGGACCCCCAGUUGAUAGCCAGUGGGGAAGCGCCUCCCUGCCACACCCGGAAGGAGCUGAAUGAACCUGGGACCCAGCGCCCCCCCCACUCCCCCUAGGCCUCCAGCUGAGAGCCCAUCAGGCCGCCCCACAGGCCAAGCCCUUGAACCCGGUGGAGCCCUCCCAGACUUGUGGCCCCCAGAGCUGUGACUUAAUAAAUGCGGGUGUUGCAGGCUGCUCUGUGAGUGGUGGUCAUUUCCAACAGAGCAAUAGAAAACGAGUAUAGACCUCGCCCACCUGCAGGGGAGGUGCCCCCCCCCCCGAGGUCUGGGUGGGCCAGCCCUAGGCUCUAAAAGGCUCAGGAGCCUGGGACACCUAGCCCCAUGCCCUCUACCCAAGCAGGGCCGGGAGCCCCCAGACAGGCCUGGCCAGAGCUUCAGCUGUGCUAGUUUCUGUGGUGGGGCCCCUUGCUGGGGAGAGUCUGGGGCUGUGUCCCGGCUGUGGCGAAGGCCCCCACACCCAGGACCACCCCCUGCCACCUGCAUCUGGAAACCAGGUGAGGCCCCUUGCAGCUCCCUGCCCGCCCUUGUGUGCCUGGGACCUGGUUCCUGUCCCCUCCCUGCUGUCUGCUCAUUGGCAGGCGGAAGACCGAACAUCUCAGUAGAUACAGCUCAGUGUCUGCAGAAAGAUCAAGAAGCUGAGCAAAACCUGGGAACCCCAAAGC